AUGUUGACAAAUGGGUAUCAACACGAAGAAAAAGUUUCAAAAGAAUCAGAUGAUCGUCCUUUGCUUCAAAAAGAUGAAGUGGAGAUUGUCUUCUUAUACAUUCAAUCAUGGUCACAAAGGCAGUGUAUGUGCUGCUUCCGUGAUCCCAAGAAUUAUGAAAGAUUUAACUUGAUAACACAAAGUAUAAUAUGUUUAGCCGUUUGUCAGUUAAAGGAAUUAAGGGAUGAUUUAGCCAAAGCAAAAGCUAAAGCAGAAAAGAAGAAUGUAGAUAGUAACAGAGAAGAUAGUGAAAAAAGAAGUUACAAUGACAGUUCAGUAAUAGAGACUAGUAGUGUUCGAGGAGCUAUUGGGGGGAAAAGUGCUAAUGGUGCUAAAGAAUAUAGGGGCAGUGGAGAAAAAAGAGACAAAGUAUCAGAGGAACGUAGUAGAGGUGGGACCAAAGAAAAAGGUGAUCCUAUGAAGGAAGAUGUGGAUGAGGAUGAUGAUGAUGGGGAGGAGGAAGAAGAUGAAGAAGAAUGGAGUAUUCAAGAGAAGGAGAAGCUGUUACAUUUCUUGUCAAAAGUAUUUCUGCUCAAUUUUCCCUUGUAUGUGGCCUACAAGCACACAGUGCAAGCAAAGCUAGAGGAGAUCUCUCAACAAGAAGCGAGCAGUUUAAAUGUGUUUUGUGAUCUCCAUGACCCAGAGAUUCCAGUUUACUUGUUGCGUAAUGUGUGUUUAUUCUGUAAGAGUGGUGGUGUUCAUGCCAUGACUUUCUGUUUUGAAAGACAGAAUCCUGACACAUUGCCUGUUUCUCUGGCUCAUGCAAUGAUUGCAAUUGUUUGCAACCUCAAGCUUUGGCUCAAUUUUCGUUCUAUCAUGCAGUUAUUUGUUCCAUUGCGAGCUAAAGUGCUACGUUACAUGUGUUCGCUUGCUGAUAAGGAUUUACGUUUACCUGGUAUCAAAACUAUGGCAGAUUUUAUGUGGAGUGCUGUAAAAGACCCACUGGAUUCUCCUCUUACAUUUGAUCGAGAUGGUUUGGACUUGGCUUUUAAAUAUUUUACUAGUUCAACAUUGACAAUGCGAUUAGCUGGAAUUGCACAGAUAAAUAGUCAUAUCAAUAUGUUUAAUGAAUUGUGCAAUAGUGAAAGCAUUGUGGAGGUGGAAAGUGUAGGUUAUCAAACAAAGCCAUAUCAUCUUAAGUUUUUUGGCAAUGGAAUGCAAAAUCACUAAUGAGCACAUGGAUAUCAUCUGGCAAGCUGCCCAACUGAAACAUUGUAGUCGCCAGGUGCAUGACUUACUUCCACCAUUAAUAAAACAUCUGGAAGCUGGUCCUGUGCUACAUCUGUAUGCAUUAUUAUGCAAGUUGGAACCACGUGACCACACCGAGCAGAGCCUAUAUCUUGCCUCAGCACUUAUAAAGUUUAUAUGGACCAGUGGUGGCAGCUAUGGGGGACAGCUAGGUGCCCUAGGAACUGCAACAGAUGCAUCUUUUCUUGGCCUUGGGAAGGCUGCUGCCUUGGCAGGCCUUAAAGGUCGUCACCGUGAUGUCAGUAGUAGUGAGAAUAGCAUUUCUAUGGAGGCCAGCAACUCAGAUGAGGAACAGGUUUGCCAGCCACUGCUGUGUGUGCAGGCAGAUAGUUCACAGCAGAGUGACCUUCAUAAGACUCAAAGUGAAACGAGUGAAGGGCCUACACCAUGCAAGCAGCCUCGAACUCAUAAGAAACAUAUUGUUCAGACUGAUGGGGAUGUUGAUAGUUCUGAUGGCAGUGCCAAAAUUGAGGAGUUGGAUGAUGAGGAUGAAGAGGAGGAGGAUGCACGGAGUGAUGAGGCUGUGCCAAAACGAUCAUGUAGUCCAGCUGAUAACCUAAGUAGUUGUGCUCAUCAAUGUAAACCAGCUGUAUGCAGUGUAGCCAAAAUGGGGAGCGUUGGGAACAAGCAUCACACCAGCAGUGAUAACGAAGUGGAAGCUGAUGCUGAACGUUCAGGUGGAGAUGAAUGUGUAAUGAACCAAACUAAAAAAAGGAGAAAAAUGCUUCGCAAACGAAAAAAAAGUAAAAAAGAGAAAAUGCCUGUAUGCAAUCGUGGUAAGCGCCCGGAAUGUUCAGAUGAGGAAGAGGAAGCAGAGAGUGGCCUAGAAGAGGAUGCAACUGUGAAAGGAGCUAUUGGUGCUAAAGAUGCUAUUGUAGGUUUGGAGCCUGAUCAAGAGGUUCCUAAUGUUCUGGUCAGAGAGCUAAUGGAAGAAAUGCUGAGUGGAGAAGAGGGCAGCUAUUCAUCACGUAUGAGCAACAAGUCAGAGAAGAACAUGGCAGAUUUUGAUGGAGAAGAGUCAGGUUGUGAAGAUGAAUUAGUUCAGUUAGCAGCUCAGGCACAAGUGCAGGCUCAUCUGUCACCACAUGCUUUGCCACAGCAUCUCAGCACAAUGGCAUUUCACUCUAGAUUCCACAGAGCAGCUACAAAGUUGCCUGCUCGUGGUGGUCUGCAAGUGACUCGCAUAUGUUCUCAAUUCCAAAUGGAGAAUGUUUGUAAACCUGGAAGUACUUUAUUGUGGGAUCUACUGCAAGAUGAUAAAAUAGUGCAGUUGGGAGAAGGACUUGCUCUUGAGGCUGAAAAGGCACUUUGUAAUCUUUUAUGUUUUAAUACUGAACGCUUGAUACGAAUGAAGUUCAUAGAGGGUUGUUUGGAAAACUUGGCUAAUAAUUGGUCUGUGGUAGUAUCUUUAAGAUUACUACCAAAAUUGUUUGCUUCUUUUCAACAAUUUCGUGGAAUGGAUACCCACCAAAUAACUACAUGGGCAGAAGAGCAGCAUAAUAUGAUGGAAUGUUUCUUUAAUAACUUAAAGGUCUACACUCGAGAAGGGCCCCGUACAAGCCUUUAUUCCCAUCAACUGGAGAUCCAAGUACGGUUACAGUUCCUUACCUCUGUCUUCUCCCCUCUUGGGUCCCCUGAUUCAUUCAGGCUAAGCCUUGGGCAGGUUGACACACUGUGGGCUUGUUUGGCAACAGACCCUCGUUGUUCUGAUGAACUCUUCUCCUGGCUAUUGAGCCAAGCAAAGAGCAAAGAGCAACAUGCACUUGGUGUUGAUGCCUUGAAACACCUUUACAUGAAAAAGUUGCCUUCACUGGAGCCUGAGACGAUGAGUAUGACAGGCCUAGGCCUGUUUCAGCAGCUUUGUAGUCUUGCAAGAUUAGCCAAUGUUCAUAUGGACAGCCCACUAAAGGAUGUUGAUGCAGUGGGCAUGGAUCACAUGUGGAAAAUUGCCCUGAAAGCUAAUAAUACAGAUGUCAGUAUGGCUGCUAUCCAGUACUUAAACAGUUAUUAUGUGGGGCGACAGUUGGACCAUGAAUCAGAGUUUGUGUCUCAAUGUAUGGCUCAUUUGGCUGCAGCAUCAUCUGAUCUUGCCACUGCUGAAGAAGCUAGUCUUCUCUGCAUCCAGAGAGCAUUACUGCUACUAAAAACACAUCUUGAGACAUUUCGCCGAAGGUAUGCUUAUCAUCUACGGCGCUGGGCCCUAGAAGGGCGUGGUGUUGCAAGUCAUGUUCAGCUUCCGUUGGGUGAGCGUGGUGCUAUUCCAGUAAGAGUCGUAGUGCAGCCUGCUGGAGUUCCUGAUAAAACGACCCUGGAUCUUGUCUCUGGAGAUUAUGUAGCUGACUUGCGAGCAGAAGUGGCCAAAUGGUGGGAGGGCCUUCAGUCUAAGGCAGAGGCCACUGCAGUCACUGGAGCAACAGGUCACAUGUUGGGUUCACUUCUGGCUGAAGGUCCCAUUCGUAUGAUUACCCAAGGUCAAGAGCUCACUGCAGAAUUUGAUGAAAAGACAUUGCAAGAAAUGGGCUUUAAGGAUUUGCAGUUGGUGUUCAUCUCUAUGGGAGCCUCACGUCAACAGAAAAAAAGAGACGCUUUGGAUAUGCCAUCUGCAUUACCUCCACCUCCUCGAGAGAGCUUGCCUACUUUGCUGCUCUUACAACCUCAGUACUUUGAGCAGUUAUUUCGACUCAUGCAUACAUUGAGCUCCAUGCGAACUCCAGUGAAGGGUGGGCAUGAGAUGCCUCACACAAAGGCUCAAGUGUUAUCACGCAGAGUUUGGGACAUCCUUACUCUGCUCCCCACAAGUCCUAUUUUGCUCAGAGGCUUCCAGAACUUGGAUACCACCACAGAACCCACUCUUCAGGAUUUACUAGACCCUUCUUCACCACAGAAGUUAAUGUAUUCUCUUUACAUCGUUGAAUCACUAGGGAGAUCAAGUUUUGCUAAACGUAUUUCUUUGACAAAUAAGGUUUCAGAAGAUUCUUUGGAUGGAGCAUCUGAAAACUGGAAUCAAGUGUUUAUCCAGCAUGGGGGACUCAGGCACCUAUUUGACAUCUUCAUGUCUGGAGUUUUGCAACGUGCUGGGGGUGAUGGAUCAGAAUGGCAGCAAGACUGUCUUGCUUUACUUCUUAAAUUACUGUGUCAGCUGGGAAUGCUGACAGAGGGCAGUGAAUUGAUAGCUGAAGCUGGUGAUCCUAGUAUACGGAACAAGCGUGGUCGGCGUUUGCGAAAAGGAAGUACAGACAAACUGACUGUUGCCAAACUUAAUGAGGCUAUGCUACAUAUGAUGAAUGUUGAGAGAGUGAUGCCGCGACUUACCAGUAUUUUAUAUGAAGCUUCUUUGCCCAGAGAUCCAAAUCAUUAUAAAACCGGCUUCUGGGGCCGUGCUCAGGUAGUACAUUAUGCUAUGGCCUUGCUGGUGUCAUGGGUGCAUUCAAGUGAUGAGGUACGACAAGCUCUAUUUGCAGCUCCACACUUCUCCACAUGGUUGCAAAGGUUGGUUUUAGAAGAUCCAGAGCCAGCAGUACGAAGAGAAGUGUGCACAGCAUUAUAUCGCUUAUGCUUGGGAUCUGGAGGAACAGAACAGCCAAUUGGUGUUACAGCUCAGUUGCUGUCACAUCUAAUGGAGUACUUGUCUAUUGCUGAGAGUAUGAGACCUCAAAAGAUAGAGAGUUUGCAUCAUGCAGCAGAAGAAGGGAAAGAACCAUAUGGCCCUGCAUGUCGUGAUUACUUUUGGCUUCUGUGUCGACUUGUCGAUAGUUUGCCAGAUGACUUAAUCAAAGAGAGUAUUGAAGAUCCGCAAGUGUGUUUAAUAGACAUUGAUGGAUUAGCCAAAAAAUUAGCACAUUCCAUUCUUAACAGAGAGUAUCUUGAAAUGAGACACAACACAAUGGAGGAUGAUGGUCUUAUUGGACUCUUGAAUCUAAUGUCUAAUGUACUAAAACAUAAUCCACCAUUCAAAACCAGUAAAGAAGGCGAGGAAUUUCUCUCACAGGUUUUUGAUUUCUUGUUUGCACUACCUAAUCCUCGUAAACGCUAUGUGCCAAAAUGCAAGUCACAGUUGUCACGCUCUUCUGCGUUUGACUUGCUUGUAGAGCUAGCAAAAGGAGCCCCAGAGAACUACAGGCAACUACACAACAAGCUUCUUGUGCAACAUGAACCAGGCCCAAACUCACCUUAUCCCUGGGACUAUUGGCCACAUGAAGAUGGGCGAUCUGAUUGUGGAUAUGUGGGUCUUACAAACCUUGGUGCUACGUGUUAUAUGGCCUCAUGCAUGCAACACUUGUACAUGAUGCCUCAAGCACGUACUUCCAUUUUGCGAGCUAAAUGUGAUGGUUCCAGCAAGCAUGAAAUGACUCUGCGUGAGCUACAACGCAUGUUUGCCUACCUUCUGGAAAGUGAACGCAAAGCGUAUAAUCCAAGGAGCUUCUGUAAAGUGUACACAAUGGAUCACCAGCCUCUGAACACUGGAGAACAGAAAGACAUGGCUGAAUUUUUUAUUGAUUUGGUUUCAAAACUUGAGGAGAUGACUCCUGAACUAAAACAGCUUGUAAAAACUCUUUUUGGAGGUGUCAUAAGUAACAAUGUUGUUUCAUUGGAUUGUGAACAUGUGAGUCGUACCUUGGAAGAAUUCUACACAGUUCGUUGUCAAGUUGCUGAUAUGCGCAAUUUAUAUGAAUCAUUGGAUGAAGUGACCGUAAAGGACACAUUAGAAGGAGAUAAUAUGUAUACAUGUUCCCAAUGUGGUAAAAAAGUACGAGCUGAGAAAAGAGCCUGCUUUAAGAAACUACCUCACAUCUUAUGUUUCAACACAAUGCGUUACACUUUCAAUAUGGUAACAAUGUUAAAGGAAAAGGUUAAUACACACUUUUCAUUUCCUUUACGAUUAGAUAUGUCUGGAUAUGUUGAGAAACAUUUGAUGCCACAGCGUUACCAAGAAGAAAAAAGAAGAUCUGAAUUACGAAAGUCAGAGCGCAUUCGAAAAGACAGUAAGUCCGAAGACAAUAACAAGGACAAAAUAAGCAAGGAGUGUGAAGAGCAUGAAAGAAAUAAGGAAGGGACUGAUGAUAAAGAAGGCUCUGACACUGAGGACUUCAAUGAGUGUUAUGAAUAUGAUUUAAUUGGAGUGACAGUCCAUACAGGAACUGCAGAUGGCGGGCAUUACUACAGUUUUAUUCGAGAUAGGACUUCAAAUCGUGAUAAGUGGUUUCUGUUUAAUGAUGCAGAAGUGAAACCUUUCGACCCCAACCAAAUUGCAGCUGAAUGUUUUGGUGGAGAAAUGACGAGCAAAACAUAUGAUUCAGCCACUGAUAAGUUUAUGGACUUCAGUUUUGAAAAGACAAAUAGUGCAUAUAUGCUGUUUUAUGAAUGGUGUAGUCAGGAGAGAGAGCAAAGAGGUGUAGGUCGAGAUAAUUCCAGUGAUGUUGAAACAAACACAAAGGCUUGUACUGUGGAGCUCAGUAAAGAAUUAGAAGACUGGAUAUGGCAAGACAAUAUGCACUUUCUUAAAGACAAAAAUAUAUUUGAGCACACAUAUUUUAAUUUCAUGUGGCAAGUUUGUGGCUACAUCCCGCAGACGCUACUUAGCAAGCAGCCUGAUGUCACAGAAAUGGCUGCUCAACUGUCCACAUCAUUUUUUAUCGAGACUUUCAUUCACGCCAAAGAAAAGCCAACAAUGGUGCAGUGGGUAGAGUUGUUGACUAAGCAGUUUAAUGCAUCCCAAGCAGCUUGCGAAUGGUUUCUGGAUCAUAUGGCUAACAAUGAUUGGUGGCCAGUGCAAAUUCUUAUUAAGUGCCCCAACCAAAUGGUGCGCCAGAUGUUCCAACGACUUUGCAUUCAUGUUAUCCAACGACUACGACAAAAUCAUGCUCCUUUGUAUUUGAAAUGCAAAGAUGGCGAUGAAGGUUCUGAAGACAGAUGCCCUGCCUCAAUAGGUUUCCAGUCUUGUGUUACCAGAUUCAUUCGAAUGCUACUUUCUCUUAUGGAACAUGGUGCCAAGGCACAUCUGAAGCAUCUUACUGAGUACUUUGCCUUUCUUAAUGAGUUUAGUAAAAUGGGAGAAGAAGAAAGCCAAUUUUUAAUUCAAGUACAAGCAAUCUCUACUAUGGUGAACUUCUAUCUUGGCCAGAAAGCUCAAGACUAUGUGGAAGUUGUAAGUGAAGAAGAGGAAGAAGAAGAUGUGAUACCUUUGCCCACUGACAAAUACAAACCUGCCUCACUAGAGAAAAUGAUCACACUAGUAGCUUCAUUAGUGGAAAGGUCACGUGGCCCUGAUCAUCUUUUAAAACUUGCUACUGCAGAUUUCACUGCCAUUGCUGGGGGAAAGGGUUUUCCAUUCUUGUAUCAACAAAUCAAGGAUAGUAUAAAUCUCAAUCAAACUCGCAAUCUAAUUUAUGCAUUAUGUCGGUGGAAUGAGAGAUUAGCAGUGCAUGUCAUCACCAUGCUGUUCCAGGCAAUAACUAAACAUAGUGAAGUUUGCCAGCCAUUUUUCAAGUUAUUGACAUUACUGACAGAACCAACAUCUGGGCCCUCUGGACUUCCAUCCUUUACGCAGUUAGUACUUCAGCGAAUUUGGGAAGUUGCAGAAUUCUGUCCACAGAGUGCCCUUGACUGGCUAGCUGUACAAGUGCCUCGAAAUAAGUUGGCUCAUUCAUGGGUUCUGCAAAGUAUGGAGACAUGGGUCGAGCAUUUCUUAUUGGCACACAGUAAUCAGCGAGUCCGUUCAGCUGCUGCUUAUCUUCUUGUAUCCUUGGUGCCCAGCCCACACUUCCGACAAGGAUAUCGCACAGCUCGCCACUUAUCUUCCCCUCACAAGGAACUUGUGGUGGGAUCAGAUGCACAAAUUGUGCUGCACCAAGUGUACACAGUACUUCUUCAUUUAUUGAAGCCAGCACGCCACUAUACUGACAUUCAGACUCAUGGUACUAUGAAAUUGACCUCGUACUUCACUCUUCUCACCUACUGUGUUGUCUCACGAGCAGAAAAGCUUAUGUUUGGUCAGUACUUUUUGGAUUUGUGGCAACUCUUUCAUCCAAAGCUUUCAGAACCUUCUAUCCCAGUUCAUCACAACAAGCAGGCACUUCUGUUGUUUUGGCAUCAUGUGUGUGUUGAUUGCCCUGAAAAUGUGCAGCUGAUCCUGCAAAAUGCUCACGUCACCAAAAACAUAGCCUUCAACUACAUCUUAGCUGAUCAUGAGGACCAAGAUGUGGUAAUGUUCAACCGUGGAAUGCUACCAGCAUACUAUGGCCUUCUACGUCUAUGCUGCCAACAGUCACGGACUUUUACACGUCAAUUAGCUAAUCAUCAAAAUCUCCAUUGGGCUUUUAAAAACAUUACUCCACAUCCAACACAGUACAGUGCGGCUGUCGAUGAAUUGUUCAAGUUGAUCCAGUUAUUUGUAAUGAAAUUUCCGGAUAGUACAGAACAAGAAAUUCAUGAAGUAAACACAUUUCGUCGGCAAACUUUGCAGUUAUAUCUGCAGGUUUUGGAUGGUCGUUCCUGUUGGGCAACUCUCAUUCUUGCAUAUCGUACUCUCAUUGAAAAUGAUGAUGAUCGGCUCUUUAUUGUUUACAAUGGAGGCCUGCAGAUGGCAUUUGAGGCCUUUCAAACAUUGCACGUGAUGUACCAUGAAGCCACAGCUUGCCAUGUGUCUGGGGAUCUCCUGGAAUUGUUGUCAUUGUUAUUAGACAUUUUGAAGUGUCUUCGUUUGUUUCGAGAUGCAAAGGAUGUGCGUAGCAUUAAGGAGUGGGUUGAAGUGCUCCGGAAACUUGCUACCUUACUUAACACAUACAAUUCUCCUGAUAUGCGGAUCCUUUGCAUUGAUCUGUUGAAGGAGAUGGUGCUACUACUGCCUCAAGAUGUAAUUCAAGUUUUAGUCCCCCUGCUUUCACAUUGCCAUGCAGCGUUUCAAGAAAAUCAUAAUGCCCUUCCUAUGGGUCCCUAUUUUCCUCGCCGUGGACAUAAAUUACCCCCUGUGGGUUUAAAAUCAAGCACACGUCCUUCUCGUCCAAUGGUGCAAAUGGCUGUACCGCAUGGACAAUUGGAAGCAGCAAAGGGUGUCGAUGAAGAAUAUGACCAAGCCCUCCUGGACUUCUAUUCACCAUACCAUGAAUUCAUUGAUGUUAUGUGUCGCCUUGCUAUCAACAAUGAUUGUAUGUCCGAGUCCCUUGUGAAUCUGAGUGCAAUGGUGGGUUUUGAAGGGGUGCCUCUUCAUCUCACUUUCUUCCCCAAACUUUGGCUUGAUAUCUGUCAUGCCCAGCAUGUGGAUAAAAAGUAUAUAUCAAUGUUAACUACCAGCAAUUACUUUGUAGAUUAUGUAGAAGCUGUUUUACUUGAUGAGCGAUCCUCUCUUAAUAUUGGUAUUAUUUACAACUUCCUUUGUAUGUAUUUUCCCAAGGUUGCAUCACAUGUCCUAACAGAACAAACAUGCAAUAUCAUUGAUAAUUUAGUAACCUCUCUUCGAGAAAUUGUAGAUCUGGUAAAUGUCCAAAUCCAAGCUUUCAAGUUAAAUGGAGAUCUAAGAGCCCUGGUGCUAGUUUACAGUUGUGAUGUAUCUCUCGCUCUUCCUGGUGGCCUCACUCCCACUUUAGAUACAUUGCUUACAAAGACAAGAGCUGCACGAACAGAAUUUGAGAGAGUGGAAGCUCCAGCAGAAGGCAACCCCACUAAGAAGCGCAAAUUGUCUCCAGAUGAAGAAGAGGAAGAAGCUGCAAUGGAUGCUGCAGAAACAGCAGCAGAGGCAGAUACAGAAACGCCAGGUGGGGAGGAAGUUAAAGAAGAACUUGCUGAAGCAGCACCUGCUAUUUCAUCGGCUUCCCCUGGAACUGCCGGUGCUGUUUCUGUCUCUACUUCAUCCUCAGCUGGUACAGAAACUGAAAUAGUUUCUGAUGUUGGUAGUGUUAAUGAACAGGAUGUGUCACCUUCUGCUGUUGUAGCAACAGCAAAAAGCUUGGAAGAAAAGUCUGCUUUUUCUACAACUGCAGCAGCAUUGGUAUCAACAUCAUUGGAUGUUGAUGCAGAAAAUUCUUCUACCUCUACUACUACUACUACUACUACUACUACUACUACUGCUAAUACUAAUAAUAAUACUAAUUCUAAUACUACUGCUGCUGCUGCUACUACUACUAUUGCAAGUACUACUGCUAUUACAACUGCUGCUGCUACUACUACUACUACUACUACUGCUGCUGUUGCUGCUGCUACUACUACUACUACUACUACUACUACUACUACUACUACUACUACUACUACUACUACUACUGCUGCUGCUGCUGCUACCACUACUACUACUACUACUGCCACCCCUCCUCCUGCUUCUUUUACUACCACCACCACCGGUACUGCAAAUACUACUACAGCUGCUGCUGCUGCUAUUACUACUACUACUGCUACUGCUGCUCCGGCUGCUGCUACUGCUGGUACUACUACUACUACUACUACUACUAGUACCACAACUACUACUUCCCCAGCUACUAUGACUACUGCUACUACUUCUCCAGCUAUUUCAAUGACUGCUACCCCUUCUAUUACUACAGCCAUUGCUUUUACUACUACUGUUACUACUCCAACUAUUACGAUGAUUACUGCCCCUGAUACCACUGAUAAUUCUUCUAUGACUACUACUACUACUACUAAUACUACCACUCCUCCUCCUACUACUACUACUACUACUACCACCACCACUACUACUACUACUACUACUACUACUACUACUACUACUACUACUACUACUACAACACCUUCUCUGGGAAAUGCACCAGCAGCAGUAUCAACAUCUGUUUCAACUUCUGCAUCUUCUCAUUCAGCUGUUGUGGCAAGCUCCGCAGAGAACUCUCCUUUGCCUCCGGUUGCCACCAGUUCAAAAGAAUCAGAAGAUGAGUCUCCUCAAUCAGUUUCCCCCUCUAGUGACCAGACUGAGAGCUCAGGCAGUGCAUCUGGCUCUGCUAAGCCAUCCCCUUUACCUGUAAAUUGGCUGGAGCUCCUUGAGAAGACGAUAACAGAUUUAAAAGUGAUAAUUGAAAAGAAAGGCUGAAACUGGACAGCUGCUCCUUUUGUGACAGAAAUCUGCCUAUAAACUGCAAUUGUGUGAAUCUGGCAGAAGCCCUGUUGAUGGCUGGGGGGUGACAAGACCAAUGUCCAUUCCAUGUUCUUGUGACUUGUAUGUUUUAGCGCUUUAUGGGAAGCAGAUAAAUCAGUUGUGAUAUUGUGUGUUAAUUAAAGCAGGUUUGCAAGUGUUAGAAGAGUGAUUUAUUGUUCUUAAUUUAUUGAAAAUACACUUUUCACAAGAUACUUACAACCCUACUAUUCACACUUUCCAAAAUAUUUUAACAUGUAAUAAUUAUUGUCAUAAUAACAGUAUUGUUUCCUGUUACCCACCAGUCCAUGCUCCUAGUCUAGAAUGUGCCGGAACUCUUUUAUCCUUUUAAGAGUUAGUGUGUUUUGCUCAUUUGCUGUCAUGUAUCAGUGAAAUCUGUAUUCAAGUUACUAUUUUGAUAGUGUGAGAAUGAGUAGAAUCUGAAUCAAGAGAAUGGAGUGUGAAUCUGUAUAUCACUUUAUGUAUUGCAUUUUUUGUAUGAAAAAAUUAUUGAAUUCAUAAUGUUUAUGAGAUAAUGAGGGAAGGAUAAUAUUUAUUGUACAAAUGUAGGUUUGACUGAUAAUGUAUCAUUGUAUUUAAAACAAAAAUAGUAAAAUUUUAAAAGCACGUGGAGCAAGGGUAUGGAGCUUAUUGUGACUGUAUACUCUUGAAACAUUUGCAGAUUAUGUGAUAGUUGUUUCUAUACUCAAGCAUUCGGCUGCAUUUUUUUAUGGUUUUACAAUUGUACAUAAUAUUUGAAGUGGCAGUGGUCAAAAAUAAUUUGCUUUAAAUGCCAAUUUAAGAAAAUAAUAUAAUGUUGGCUUAAUAUGUUUUGUCAUUCAAAUAUUCCUCUUUCUCCCUUACAGUUUCAGUCAACUGUAUGCUAUGUUCUCGUUUGUGGACCAAAGCUUCCAGUUCUGUUAGAGUACAUAGGAGGAAAAUGUAAUUCAUGGCUGUGGAAUAAAAAUCAAGAAACUGAAUGUUUGCUUCAAACUGUCUCAAACGUUUAAUAUAUUGCCCAUAAUGCUGUUCCUAAGAUUUAUCCCGUUUUUUAAAAAAAA